AUGUCGGAACCAAAGAAAUACUGCCUGGAACAUACUAUUAUGGAAACGGCAAAAACAUCCUACUAUGGCGUGAGUUUCAAUCGCUAUGACCCACACGAUAAUAAUAUUUUCGCUGUUGUUGGUGGACGUAAUGUUAUAAUCGCCCGUCUUGACAGUGACAAACCUGUGGCACUUAAAGUAGUUCAAACCUACGUGGAUGACGAUGAGGGAGAGAAUUUUUAUUGCUGCGCUUGGUCGGUCGAUCCAAAUAUAGGUGCACCGCUACUUGCUGUAGCUGGAGCUACAAGCAUUAUUAAAAUCAUAAACACAAGUGUUGGAUCGGCUAUGAAGGCUCUUACGGGCCACGGCAACGAAAUUAAUGAAAUAAAAUUUCACCCGAGGGAACCAUCUUUACUCUUCUCAGCGAGUAAAGAUCUUUCUAUACGUUUGUGGAACCUCAAGACCAUGCAGACUGUCGCCAUCUUUGGCGGAGAAUGCGGCCAUCGUGAGCCGGAUGUGCAUUUAACCGGUGAUUUCUUAGCUUCAUCUGGAAUGGAUUGCGCAGUCAAGAUAUGGACGCUAUGUACGCCGGUAAUCAAACAUGCAAUAGGGUCGUCCAUUAAUUCAAACCCUUCGUCAUCUCAUUCUCAACAAUUGUCACAACGAGAACAACAAUCAUGUUGUUCGCCACAUGUUGCACCAUCAAGGGCGGUGACUGUGCAUUAUCCCAUCUUUUCUACAACUGAAUUGCACAACAACUUUAUUGACUGUGUAAGAUGGUACGGCGAUUUAUUACUAUCAAGAUGUGCUGCUGAUGCAAAGAUUGUGUUGUGGAAACCUGAUGUAGAAUUGGUGGCGUUCGAUAAGUCUAACAUCACAACAGUAGUUGUAGGUGGACCAGCUACUCCUAGUAAGCAACAAGCGAACUUCGAUAUAAUUUGUGAAUUAGAAUUCACACAUAGUGACAUCUGGUUUAUUCGCUUUGGAUUUUCGUAUGACUUUCGAAUGCUUGCAACGGGAAAUCAAGUGGGAAAAAUUUAUUUGUGGGACACAAAAGAUAUUCCGUAUUAUAUUGACGGCUAUAUCGAAAAGAAAAAAGCAGAAUAUUUGGUAAAGAAAUCUAGCGUAAAAAGGAAAAGAGGUACUCGCGUAAGUAAAAGCGCAGUUAUCAAGAAACCUAUUAUCCUCGAGUCAGAUUGCAAAAGCACAAUUCGACAAAUCGACUUCUCAAAAAAUAGUCAAUGGAUUGUAUCAGUUUGUGAUGACGGUUCGAUUUGGUGUUGGAAAUCGAAUAUUGAUACAACAUUUCAAGAGUCAAUCAAAGGUUCGGGAAGUAGCGAUGAUCCAUUGAUUAUAGACUAA